AUACUCUUUUGUCGCGGUGAAAAACGGAUCGAAAUUUUUGUAGGAUGUGUCUUCGCAAAAUGCUCAUCCGCAAAUGAAUUAUUUUAAACAAUAACUAAAAAACGUGCAAAAAAUCUUUAAAAAAGUAUAACAACCAAGUGAAUUUAAUUAUAUAUAAACCCAAUAUUCAUGAAACAAAAAUUUAUUUUAAGCUUAGUUUGUGUGCUUGUGCCUGUGUGCGUCUUCGUUUUACCGUUACAAUUUACGAAAACCGAUAUAAAGUGAAAUUUGUGAAAAAUAAAUGUUAAUAUUAAUAGUUCAACCUGGGCAAAGCUAUUAUCUAUAAUUAAUUACAAAACAAAACAAUUUUUCGCUUUGCGUUUUGUGGCCAAAAAAAAAAAAAAAAAAAAUAAAACGGAAAGCCGUCGGCUUCUUUCACCUGGGAAUUUUCUUAUCAGCAAACAACGAUUAUGGCAAAGGAUCCGGCCACAACGCGCAUUCCCCGACUGGAUGGCGUCUCGCGGCUGCCGAAGCCAAGUAGUUUUGGCCUGGCCAGCAGCGGUUGCAGCAGCACCACCAAUAAAACCACCAGCAGCGCCACCUUCACCACCCAGCACAUUCGACCACCGACGAGUGCUCCGAAGGCCACGCAGAUCUUUCGGGCGCCCAGCGAUCCUGCGAAGCCGCGUCCCGUCAGCUCGUAUGCUCCAUCCUCUGUGGCUCUGCGGGAUCUCGGCAGCAGUCUGAAGAAGAGCGCCAGCGGGGAGCGGAUCAACAAUGCGGUCAGCCUGCUCAGCAAGAGGACCACCACCGUGCUGAAGAAGUACUUCAGUCCCAAGUCGUCAACUUCUUCGGUGAGAAUUUCGGAGAAUGAAUCAAAUGAAAUGACGAGCUCACUGCCCGUGACUCCACUUCCCGUGGGAAAGCGAGGAAUGAUCGCCAACGAUCAGCUGACCAGCAGCACUCCAAUGCCACUUCUGAGGUCCGAGACCUUCGUCUGCGAGGAUGAGGAGCAGUCGGGUCGCAUGAAACUGGAGAGCACUCGGCUGUCCACUUUCGGACGAACCAUGGACCAUGAUUCACCGGGCCUAAAUGGAACCAAGGUUAUGGAUUCCACAAGAAUUUUGAAGGGUUCUCCCUCGACUGACAUCACUCAGAUUGUGAGACCCCCACAGAGUACGUCGAAAACGAUGUUGAGGACCUUCUGCUCGAUGGACACCACCCACGAGAUGACGGUCACCUCCAAGAACAACACAACACACUCGGCGAACUCAUCGGGGAUAAUGGGUAGAACACUGCCAGUGAUUCCGGCAAAGGAUGUCACCAGAACAAUUUCCGCAAAUUCUCCGGGAAUCGGAAACCUCACAAAAGUUGUGGAGGGAGUGGGCAAUGUCACCAAAACCUUAGAUGGAAAUCUCACUCGUUCGGUCGAUAGAGAAGUUAGUAUAAGUAAAACCUUUGAGGUGGCAGCAAAUUGCAACCAAACCUUCAAGAGAGGAUUGAACCUCACGAAAACUAUAGAGGAAAAAGCAGAAAUUGUAUCUAGGAUAAUGGAAAGUGGACGAAAUACAACAAAAAUCAUUAGUGCUGAGCAGAAUGCCACGAAAGUCAUGGACACCAAAUCCAACCUUAGCACGACUUUGGCAACUCGGGGAACGAAUCUCACGAGAUCCGUCAAUGAACCCGGGGAUUUCACGAAGGUGAUCCACCAAGGAGCCAAUCUGACUCUCAGCAUGGACCAGUUGCCCCUGCUGGAGCACAUUUCCAUGCCAUCUGGACUGGACAUCCUGAGCUCGAAGGGUUCCGCUAACCUCGAGAAACUGGGCCAGGAAACGGACGACACGCUGGACGUGACGUUGACCAGCUUGGCGCCGGAUAAAUCCAACAUGAAGCUGCCACUGAACUCCACUCUCAACACCGAAAAGUUGCUGGACAUCAGUGGGUUGCAGUCGCCGCGGCACAUUCAAUUGUUGAACUUGACCCAGGAAUUGGAGAGGGGAACUCCCAGUAGGUUGCACCUGCAAGCGGGCAGGAGAUCCAUUCCCCAGCACUCACUCCUGUGCUUGUCACCCCAAUCAGCCACCACGACGCCUCAUGGAAUGCGGAUGAUGGGCCAGGCAACUCCUCAGCCGGUUCAUCUGCUGUCUCCCCUACUGAAACAAGCUCAAAGUGCAUUGGUUUUGCCCACUCGAACGCCGGAUGGCGACAUCAGCAUGGAUGGCAAUGGGGCUCUGGACAAUACCCUGACUUCCACUUCGGGAAGAGCGCGAACCCGCUACAGUUUCGGCUUGGAUCUGCCGGAUACCACACUGGAUUGCUCCAUCGAGCUGGUGGACAACUCGUUCAGCUCCUCCACCCAACUGCAGCAGCUGCAGCAGCAACUGCUGAAGAAGCAGAGCUCCUUCGAUCUGGACGAGAGCCUGGGCAUCCUCACGCCAGAUCAGAUGAAGGACUUCCUGGACUCGCCGCACAACAAUCUGCUGCACAACCUGGAGAUGAUUAGGAUGCACCAUCCGAAUCUGAUGCAACUGCGGAUGGAGCAGACUCCUUCGCCGGAGGAACUGCCUCUGGAUCCCAUUGAAAUCAAGUCGGAGAUCGUGAAGCAGGUGGAGGCUUCCCAGAACCAGGUCAACACCUCGCAGCACUCGAAGCUGAGCAACAGCUUCAUCACCAGCGUGACCAGUGUCACCAGCUUGGACACGGGUUACCAGGGCGACGGGGAGAUGUCGCGACCGGCCUCCCGCGGAGCCUGCGAUCACUCCCCCAGCAACGGACCCCAUUUGGGCAGGGUCAGCCGGCAGCCCAGUUUCCCGCCCCCGAAUCCCGCACCCUUGAGGCGUCAGGAUCCCAUGACCGACUCCGACUUCUUCACCGAAUCCGACGCGGACGACGUCCUGCAUCGCGGCGACCGACGCGCCCAGGUGAUCGAUGGCCAGCUGUACGGACCGGACAUGAUGCAGCCCAGCGCCUCGGUGCCCCAGAUGGAGGACUCCUGCAUGGAGUCCUCGGGCGUGUUCACCGACGUGGAGAACCGCUGCGACGAGGAGAUGCGCCAGCCGGAGUUGGAGGUGGACGUCGAUGUGGACAUGUCGCCGGACGACUCCUCGCAGACCAUGCGAAAAGGUCAAGGUCAGCCCGCUCCCACCCAACAGCAGCAACAGCAGCAGCAGAAUCAGCUCGCCCCACAGCAGCGGCCCCCCAGCAGCUGUCUCUCUUCCUCCUCGGCGGCGACGACACUCUCCCUGUCGCUCUCCAACCGCACCUCGUACUGCAGCGUCGACGGCGGCAGCGCGCGAUCUCCGACGGCGCUCUCAGUUCAGAAAACCAGCUCGCCGCGUCCACACGCUUCGCUGUCGUCGCUCUGCACGGUGGAGAAUUUCCGCGGCUCCGUUUCCUCGAACUCGUCGAUCGCCUCGCCGAAAUCGUGCAAAUCGACCACCAAAACCGCCGUCGCAAAAUCGCGCGUUUUGAAAUCGCCAAAGUCACCAAAAUCGCCACUAAACCGCAAGGCGCACACGCCCAACAAAUGGGAUGCCGUGAUGAAUAAGAUCGCCAGUAACAAAUCCCUGAUCAAGACAAACUAUAACGAUGUGAAGUCCAAGGUGUCCAGCACACGGAUCAUGACGCCGGCUUCCGGUUCGAGUCCUGCUUCCGGUGCCGGUUCCGGUUCCGGUUCGGGAUCCGUUUCCGUUUCCAGUCCGCGCGGCAGUCCGAGUGUGAGUGCUAGUGCCCGGCGUUCGCCUUCGGCCACGCCCAAAGUGCCACCCAAAAUGAUUCUGGCCAAGCGAUCGAGCAGCAGCUCCUCCUCGCCCAACCAGCUCAAGGCCAGUGCCACGCCCUCGCCGCCCCCACACGGAACCCCGCCAACGCGGCAGCCACUGGAUAAAGGCUCAGUUGGCGCCGGGUCAGUGGGUGGUGGCCUUCGCGCGGGCAAGGCGCCGCCCCCCAAGUCGCCCACCUCCCCCACCACGCCCACUUCGCCGCCCGCGAAGCGUCUGCAGUCGACCCUCGUCAGUCGUGAUCGCUCGUACAGCAAGGACAGCCACAAGAGUUCGCACAGCGAUUUGAGUUUGAUUUGCAAUGGUUCUUCCCGAAGUUCUAACACUGUUUCUGGCAGCGGAUCUCCAAAGAUAUUGGCAAGCACUCAACUAAGAGCUGCCAAGAAGCGGGAUGUGCGCAAUCUGAGCAUAUCGCCGACCGAUCUGGGUCCGCCACCGAAAACCCAGCAGACGACCAAGGGACAAUCCACGCGCAGCAAAUCCUCGGCAACUGCCACGCCCACGUCAAUACAUAAACGUUUAAAUGGCAUUUCGGGCAGCCCGGCUGGAGUUGCAACACCCCUCAAAGGAGUGGCCACAAAAUCUGGCACCACAUCUAAACAACAAUCGUCCAAACUCAAAUCGAACGCGAUUAUCAAAAGCCCCCCAAUUGUCGGCGUUUCCGAGGAAUCCCUGCGCUCUGGCGUGGAUCAAACUGAGCUCCAGGAGCUGAAUAAUGUUCAAUCCGCCGGUGGGAGUCCAACUCCGCCGAUGGCGCGUGACUCGAAACGCUCGUCCAUCGGCAGCGAGUUGCCCUGCGAAACGGAGGCCAAGUUGAAGCGGUGCGAGGACCAGAGCGGUAUUAUCCCCCAGCAAACCAAGAGUUGCGAUCCUCAAGGAGCCCAGGCAGUGGCAUCCACGCUGCCGCUGACUAAACCGCAGGAUCCAGUGAUCAAUGGCCAAAGCCCAGCAGUUGCUUUCAGCAGUGUAAAUGAGACCGAUGAAGUUGGCAGAUCGGUCAGCUCGUUGACAAUGCUGGCCACGCCCCCCUCGGACAUAGCCGCCCAGUAUCCCGCCCUGAAGCCGUACACGAACAACGGAGUGCUGGACUUUGCCCGCCUGGCGAAGUUCUUCCAGGACAACCAGUUCGCGCGCAAGGAGGAGCACCGUCAGAUCCUGGGACUCGCCGUCAUGGUGCAGUUCAUGUCCCAAGAGCUGGAUGCCUUCGCCUGCAAGGAGACCAAAGAGCAGUGCGCCCGCACCAAGGGCACCCUGGAGGAGACGAUCGUCCUGCUGCAGCAGACGCAAGUGGACUGCGAGCAGCUGCGCGAGGAGCUGCACGGCAAGGAUGUGGAGUGGUCGCAGCGGCAGCAGGAGCGGGACCACCUGCACCGCACCGAACUGAAGCAAGCUGAGGAGAAGCUGAUGGAGGUGCAGCUGCUUGCCAAGCAGAGGUUCUGCGAACUGGAGGCACAGCUGCGCGCCAAGGACGAGGAGAACAAGCAGGCGCAGGAGGCCUACCACUCGGAGGUCUCGCACAAGCUCAGCCUGAAGCAGGAGUACCUCAGCGCCGCCGAGCAGAAGGUCCUCGAGCUGCAGACGCGCCUGCAGAAGCUGGAGGCCCAGGAGCAGGAGAACCGCGAGAAGCUCGUCCGCAAGGAGAACACCCACGCCGCCCGACUCGCGGAGGCCAGCCAGAAGGAGCAGGAGCUCAGCGAGCGGGUGAAGAGCCUCACCAAGGAGCUAAACACGUUGAAGGCCAGCAAGGAGCACAGCGAGCGCGAUUUGCGGGACCGCCUGGCGCUCUCCCAGGACGAGAUCUCCGUGCUGCGCACCUCCUCCCAGCGGAGGAGUCCCUGCUCCAGCCUGCCGGACACCACCUCCGCGGAGCUGAGUCGCCUGGCCAGCGAGGCGGACAGCCUGCGCUGUGUGCUGGAGCUCAAGCAGGCGGAGAUCUCCUCUCUGACCAAGGCCAAGUCGGAUCUGAUCAGGGAGAGCGAGGAGCGGCUGAAGCUGAGCAGCCGGGUGGCCCUCCUGGAGGCCCAGAACGAGAUGCUGCGCACCGAACUGGAAGCCAAGACCGAGAAGGAGAAGGACAUCCAACAGAAGAUGGAGGAACUCCAGAAGGCCUACAAGCACGAGAGCAUGAAGCGCACGCGGCUCUCCUACGACAAGGAGGAGCUGCAGUACCACCUCAAGCAGCGCUCCGCGCAGCUCCAGGCGGCGGAGUCCAAGCUGCACGACCUCUCCAUGGGAUCCCACGACGCCAGCAGCAGCCUCUCCAACGCCUCGCACAGCCGCUGCAGCGUGGGCCGCAAUGGCCUGGAGAUCGCCGUGACCACGUCCUCGCCCACCUCGCCCGUGAUGAAGGGCAUGAUCGAGCGGAACGACUCCGUCAGCUGGACGUUGGAGAUCGACGACGAGUCCUCGUUCAAGGGCAACUCCUCGAAGAUCGUGCGACGAGCGGGCUCGCUGCGGAGCUACAACGAGCGCUGUCCCAUCCAGCGACGACAGACUGUGAGCACCAAUGGCCACUCGAACGGACUGGCCACCAAUGGGUCCUCCUCCUCCUCGCCGCAGGCACAUCCCAAUCCACUCAGCCAGAGCAUGUCGGCCACGGCGCUGAUGCGGAGCAGCAGCAGUUCCGGGGAGCCCGAGGGUCGUCCUCUUUCCCGGGCGCGCUCCCACUCCGUGUGCAUCAAGGCCUCGGCCUCCAGCUCGGCCGUGUGCGAGUCCUCGGCUCGGCGGCAGCGGCAGCAGCAGCAGGAGCAGGAGGAGCAGCUGAACCUGACCAACUGGCACGAGGACACGGCGCCCCUGUGCUCCAGCUCGCCGCACCACUCGGCUGCUGCCGAGAUGCGGCCGCGCAGCUCCACCAUGAAGCUGAUGGCCAGCGAGGCGAAGAAGUUCCAGGAGAUCCAGGAGUCGGCCGGCGAGGCCAUGGUCUCCGGGGCGAACUCCGAGGACGAGAGCUGCUCGGCCUCCUCCGAGGACAUGAUGCGCAGCUCCGCCUCCGCCUCGAGCGACGCCUCCGGGGGAUCGCUGUCAAAGCGGCCCAAGCAACCGCCCUCCCGCAUGUCCAUCGAGGAGGCGCUGCCCUGCACGCCCAUGGAGGUCAGCUGGUCGGAGGACGCCGCCGACGCCAGCGGCUUGGCAUGACAUGCCCUUCCAUUCGAGGAGCCGAUCGACCAGAUCGCCGAGGCGGCCGUAGAGGCUUACGAGAGCGAGAGCGAGGACCAGGACAUCGGAGAGGAGGAGCUGGAGGACCAGGACGAGCUCAUCGUGGGCGAGGAGCAGCCGGAGCACAGCGACAGCGAUGAUAGCUUCUAAAGCGCCAAACAGAAACCAAUUUGUAAAACAAAGUAAUGGAGAGACUAGGAGUCGGAACAGAACAGAAGUGGGGAGCAUAGCUUGGCGUUUUCACUUAUAUAGAAACCCGUGCGGAAUCGGCGGAGAUACACAAAAUAUAUAUGAUAAUUCGUACGUUCUUAACUGAAAAUGAAA